ACCGCGCAAGCCCGUCGGGUCACGCUGGGGGCGGGGCUGACGGGGGACCGAGGACGCAUGCGCCGGGCCGCCCGGGCUGGCUUCUCGGCUGCUGGCGGCCGCGGUGUCUGCGUUUCCGCUCGGGUAGCCGCGGGAUCAUCUGUAGAGGAUGCAAAAUGCGAGAAUCUCCCACUCAAGUCAAACUCAGGAGCAAGACUGUUUGCUCAGCAAGACUGAGCAAAGUCAGUGUGUCAGUGAUAAACAAGAAAUGACAAUCAAGCAAGAAGAUGAUGGCAAUAUGGAGGUGGAGGAGAGCCUCCCCUCUUGUUCUUCUGCUAAUGGACCAUCCGCUUCUGCCGAGGGGCGUUCAUCGGAAGUUCCGAAGAGAGGGCCAGCCCUGCUGCAUAUCGACAGACAUCAGAUACAGACGGUGGAGCCAAGUGCACAGGCCCUUGAACUGCAGGGGUUAGGUGUGGAUGUGUAUGACCAGGACGUGCUGGAACAGGGUGUGCUUCGGCAGGUGGACAGCGCCAUUCAUGAGGCCAGCCGUGCAGCCCAACUUGCUGAUGUGGAGAAGGAGUAUCGAUCAGUCCUGGAUGAUCUCACGUCAUGUACGACAUCCCUAAGGCAAAUCAAUAAAAUUAUUGAACAACUUAGUCCUCAAGCUGCCACCAACAGAAAUGUCAACAGGAAACUAGAUUCUGUAAAACGACAGAAGUAUAAUAAGGAACAACAGCUAAAGAAGAUCACAGCAAAACAAAAACGUCUCCAGGCCAUCCUCGGAGGAGUGGAGGUACAAGUUGAGCUAGAUCAUGCCAGUCUGGAGGAGGAGGAUAUAGAACCGGGGCCAUCCUGUCUUGGCAGCAUGCUCAUGCCUAUUCAGGAGACUGCGUGGGAAGAGCUCAUCCGCACUGGCCAGAUGACACCUUUUGGAACCCAGAUUCCUCAGAAAUCGGAGAAAAAGCCUAGAAAACUAAUGCUCAAUGAAGCAUCAGGCUUUGAAAAGUAUUUGGCAGAUCAAGCAAAAUUGUCUUUUGAGAGGAAGAAGCAAGCUUGUAAUAAAAGAGCAGCUAGAAAAGCCAUAGCCUCGGUCGCUUCUGAGCUGAGUUCAACAGUCGAUGAAAACAAAACAAAUGAGCGAAGCAAAGUUCUCUCAAAAACAGAUAAGCGCUUGAAAAAGCACAUCAAGAAGCUCCAGAAAAGAGCUCUUCAUUUCCAGGGGAGAGUGGGGUUGCCCAAAGGAAAGAAAACUUUGGAGUCUGACAUGAGACUGAAGGUGGAGGGCAAUUCUGAGGGUGAAGAGUCUGAGUACUUACCCACAGAGGAGGAGCUGGAGGAGGCAGAGGGGGUCAAGCUGACUGGGGAGGACAAAGACUAUGAACUGAAUCCCAUGCUCAAGCGCUGGAAACGGCAGAAAAAAGUAAUGGUGCAGGAGAACGAGGAUGACUUUUCCCCAAGUUCUGGGGAAGAAGCAGAAGCUGCCUGUGGAGGAAGAGGUCGGAAGGUAGUGAGAUGCCGAGAUGAUGGAGACGAAGAUUAUUAUAAGCAGCGGUUAAGGAAAUGGAAUAAGCUGAGGCUGCAGGACAAAGAGAAGUGUCUGAAGCUCGAAGAUGAUUCUGAGGAGAGCGAUGCUGAGUUUGACGAUUUUAAAAUGCCGGGUUUUCUGUUCAGAAAGCUUUUUAAGUACCAGCAGACAGGUGUUAGGUGGCUGUGGGAAUUGCACUGCCAGCAGGCAGGAGGAAUUCUGGGAGACGAAAUGGGAUUGGGCAAGACCAUCCAGAUAAUUGCCUUCUUGGCAGGUCUGAGCUACAGCAAGAUCAGGACUCGUGGUUCAAAUUACAGGUUCAAGGGAUUGGGUCCGACUAUAAUUGUCUGUCCAACGACAGUGAUGCAUCAGUGGGUGAAGGAAUUUCACACCUGGUGGCCUCCGUUCAGAGUGGCAAUUCUACAUGAAACUGGCUCCUAUACACAGAAAAAGGAGAAACUAAUUCGAGAUAUUGCUCAUUGUCAUGGCAUUUUGAUCACUUCUUACUCUUACAUUCGGCUGAUGCAAGAUGACAUUAGCAGGCAUGACUGGCACUAUGUGAUCUUGGACGAGGGACACAAAAUUCGAAAUCCAAAUGCUGCUGUCACCCUUGCUUGCAAACAGUUCCGUACCCCUCAUCGCAUCAUCUUGUCUGGCUCACCAAUGCAAAAUAACCUCCGGGAGCUGUGGUCGCUCUUUGACUUCAUCUUCCCAGGAAAAUUAGGCACAUUGCCCGUGUUCAUGGAGCAGUUCUCGGUCCCCAUCACCAUGGGGGGAUAUUCAAAUGCCUCCCCAGUACAGGUUAAAACUGCUUAUAAAUGUGCAUGUGUCUUACGAGAUACCAUAAAUCCAUACCUGCUUCGGAGAAUGAAGUCAGAUGUCAAAAUGAGCCUUUCUUUGCCAGAUAAAAAUGAACAGGUCUUAUUUUGCCGUCUUACAGAGGAACAACAUAAAGUCUACCAAAAUUUUAUCGAUUCUAAAGAAGUUUACAGAAUUCUCAAUGGAGACAUGCAGAUUUUCUCUGGACUUGUAGCCCUAAGAAAAAUCUGCAACCAUCCUGAUCUUUUUUCUGGAGGCCCGAAGAAUCUCAAAACUAUUCCAGAUGACGAUGAAGAAGAUCAAUUUGGGUACUGGAAACGUUCUGGGAAAAUGAUAGUAGUUGAGUCCUUGUUGAAAAUAUGGCACAAGCAGGGUCAACGAGUAUUGCUAUUUUCUCAGUCAAGACAAAUGUUGGACAUACUUGAAGUAUUCCUUAGAGCCCAGAAGUAUUCUUACCUCAAAAUGGAUGGUACCACUGCAAUAGCUUCAAGACAACCACUGAUUACAAGAUAUAAUGAGGACACAUCCAUAUUUGUGUUUCUUCUGACCACCCGGGUGGGUGGCAUCGGAGUCAACCUGACAGGGGCUAAUAGAGUCAUUAUCUACGAUCCCGACUGGAACCCAAGCACAGAUACACAGGCCCGGGAGCGAGCAUGGAGGAUAGGCCAGAAGAAGCAGGUGACGGUGUACAGGCUUCUGACUGCGGGUACCAUUGAAGAAAAGAUUUACCACCGACAAAUUUUCAAGCAGUUUCUGACAAACAGAGUGCUGAAAGAUCCUAAGCAAAGGCGAUUUUUCAAGUCCAACGAUCUUUAUGAGCUGUUCACUCUGACGAGUCCUGGUGCAUCCCAGAGCACUGAAACAAGUGCUAUUUUUGCAGGAACUGGUUCAGAAGUUCAGACUCCGAAACUCCAUUUAAAAAGAAAACUUCCACCGGCCUUUGGAGCAGACCAUAAUAUUCCAAUAUGCAGAAAGUUCCCUGAUUCUAAUGCAUCCACAAAUGAUACCACAUCAUCUGAAGAGAAAUUUACAGCUAAAGGAGCUGGAGUAAAUACAAUAACUUCUGAUCAAGGCGAUCCUUUGAAAGAUGCCCCCCAAACUCCUAGGAAUCUCACUGGCAGUGGUGGACCUGAAGAAAAGACAAAGGCGGUACCUAUACUAGAGGAGUUGUCUGUGACUAGUGGACGUGUGGAUUGUUCCAGUUCUCCAAGAACUAGCAAAAUGGAUGGGCUAUCUAGUGAGGAAAGCAUCCAUGAAAAGCAAGGUCUUUCUGACAGAAGAGAAAGCUGCCAGGCUCAAACAGAACCUCUUCAGGAGAAUAAAGAGUCGGAAAAUAAUUUUUCAAAGCACAAGUCAAAAACAAAACAUAGUGUGCUGGAAGAAGAGACCCUGGAGCAACUUCAGAGGCCGAAGUCGAAGCCUAAGAACACUAAGCAUUGUAGAGAUGCCAGGUUUGAAGGAACCCGAAUUCCACACCUGGUGAAGAAAAGACGGUACCAGAAGCAGGACAGCGAAAUUGAGAGUGAGACCAGUGAACAGAGCAAUGAUGAUUACGUCUUGGAAAAGCUUUUCAAAAAGUCAGUUGGUGUGCACAGUGUCAUGAGACAUGAUGCUAUCAUGGAUGGAGCGGAUCCGGAUUAUGUGCUGGUGGAGGCAGAGGCCAACCGAGUGGCCCAGGAUGCUCUGAAAGCGCUGAGGCUCUCUCGUCAGCAAUGUCUGGGGGCAUCGUCUGGUGUUCCCACCUGGACGGGCCACAGGGGCAUUUCUGGUGCGCCAGCAGGCAUAAAGAGUAGAUUUGGUCAGAAAAGGAAUUCCAAAUUCUCUGUGCAGCAUCCUUCUUCAGCAUCGUCAAAGGAGAAAUGCCAGGAUGGUGUCCCAAGAAAAGAUGGAAAGGAUAAUGCUUCUGAGCACUUCAGUGGAAAAGUGGAAGAUGCAGAGUCUUCACCUGGGGCUCUCCCUUCAUCUUCACUGUUGGCUAAAAUGAGAGCUAGGAACCACCUGAUUCUGCCACAGCGGCUGGAAAGUGAAAAUGCACACCAAGAGGCUCCUGCUCCACCACCCCCCACCACGGAACACGAUGACCUGCUGGUGGAAAUGAGAAACUUCAUUGCUUUUCAGGCCCGUGUGGAUGGCCAGGCAAGCACUCAGGAGAUACUACAGGAGUUUGAAUCGAAGCUGUCAGCCUCACAGUCUUGUGUCUUUCGACAACUGUUGAGAAAUCUAUGUACUUUUCAUAGAACUUCUAGUGGCGAAGGAAUUUGGAAACUUAAGCCAGAAUACUGCUGACCAACAUUAUUUUUUAAAUUCUCAGUUUCCUAAUGGAAAUUUCUGAUUAUUAAUCCUAUGAUUAAUUAUCAUGUUCGUCAACAAGUUGGCGUCAUUUGAUGUUUACUUUGAAUGAUAUCUACCUCAUAAUUUAAAACUUUAAGGAAGAAGAAAUUCAUCUCCAAAACUUAAAAGUUUUAAAAAUACUUGGGUUGAUAUUUUUAUUUUGACACCAUGAAUUAAAUGCAUUAUAAAUCAGGGACCUAACAGUUAAUCCUUGGAUUGCAUUUGUUCCUUUAUCCAAAAGAUGCCAUCAGGGAGCACAUUGCUGUUCAUUUAGAUGUUUGUAGGCCAGACAUCUCAAGAAUUCUUUUUAUUGGUGCUAAAAACAUGUCUUAUGUUAAGUCAGACCUAUUCAAUAAAUUAGUUCACCAGUAUCUGAUAACAGAUACUUAUUUUUGGUGCAUAGCUUUUAAACGUUUAAAUUUAUCAUUUGCUACCCAUAAAAAAUCAGACUUGUCUUUUAAAUAUAUUAAUUGCCUUUAAACGGUCUUCCUUUUAAGGUACUGAUAAAUCGGCACAUAUUUUCAUUAGUAAAGCAUGAAAUAGCGUGGUAAUAAGUGAGGAGACCUAUACUUGGAGAAGGUUUAGUGUACUCAGCUUAUAAUGGCUUUCCUUUAAGCAAAGGGCAUCUUUUCCCCUGCUACAGGGACUGUUGGUUUUAGGAAAAUAAAAUUUAUUAUCUUGAAAAAACUACACAAAAACUUAAGCAGAACCAAAAGCAAGUAUAAAUAAAACAGCGAAAAAAACCCUCAAAACAAAAAAGCAAAUAAAACAGCCAACAUACAUAUGCACACAGUGUUACUCUAGACCACAGCCAACAUGCCAUGGUUGCCUUGUAGUGACCGCUGUUGGGGCCCGUGCUCUCUGCUUACCCGCAGGGAGAUGACUUGAAGUGUUUUAAAUUUUAUUUAUUGUUUGCUUUUCUACGGAUGCUGAUUACUUUGUAUUGGGCACUGUUGUUCUCCUUAUGUAUUAUCUUCUUUCCAGUUGUCCUUUGCAUUCACUGUGGCUCUCCUGUUCUAGAGGUUUGGUUUUCAGCUGUUUUCUGGCUAUUGCUUAUGUAUUUAUAGUUUUGUGAUGGUAUUGUUUUGAUCCUUACUUUGUUCCCUUAGCCUUGAUUUUCUUGUUUCCUUCUCAUUGUUUUAUCAGCUCUGAAGUCUUGUUUUCUUAAAUUCAUUACAUUGUUUAAAUUUUUUCUAGAGAUGUUACAGUGCAGUUUGUUCCUUGGGUUCUCUUUGGCAUGCUGUUUUUCCACUCUGCUUUUUCUGUAUCAUGCUUACCUUCCUCCCAAGCCGUUUACUUAUGUUGCAGAUGAGCAGCUCUGUCCAUAUUUGUAUACUCUUCCCUGUGACCCAGAGAGAAGGGAUUUGGGUUUGGGGAUUGGGAAAAGCCUCUGCUGGGGACCAUGCCGCUCUGGUUGGAGGAUUUAUGUUUUAUCUCUCCAUUUUGAGAUUUUGUUAAAUAGCUUGGGCCAAAGAGCCCUCCCUGUAGGCAGGAUGUGUCAUAGAGUCAUGAUUCUCACCAGGAUUUUCUGCUGCUUUUUUUUGAAUUCUGGCUUACUCAUUUUAUUCUGUAUUUAGAGUGAUAUAUUAGAGGAAGAAGAUUCUAUUAUUGUUUGCUGUCAUUAUCUAGAAGUCAUAGAAGGGAUUUUUAAACAGCUCAAUAAAUCCUAAACUUGAGAAUUUGGCUCAGAAGGGAGUCAAAACUCAUGACUGUUUUGUUUCUGGGAAAUUCUUUUUUUAUUUUUAUUUUUGUGAUCAUUAGCCUGUAAGAAAAUUGCUUUCCCCCUAUUCUCAGAUUGAAUGCAGUUCAUUAUCUUUCUUUCUGAAAUCUGAACUGUACUGAGUGAGAGAAGUUGUAGCCUUCUCAUCCAAUAGAAAAUACCAUCAAAAGCUAUGAUGCAGUAAAAGCAGGGUGGUCCUCACCUUAGUUUGUGUCUCUGCUCUGCCACCAACGUGCUGAGACCUUGGGCAGGUUGCUGCCCUGCCUGUGUCUCAGUGUGGACACGUAUCAAGAUUGUCAUCAUGCCUCCAAGGUAGAUAGGCUUAGAGGAAUAUGGUUUUAACAAUAGAGAGUAACUUAUUCAUUAGAUAGAAUCCACUUUCUGGAACUUUAAAUGCUUUGUACAAUGUAGAUAGAUUUAAUGUAGUUAGCGUGUUAUAUUGGUACCAAGCUACAGUAAAGGAUUUUAAAUUUUGUGAAAUUUUAAGACUUCCUUAGUUCAUACAUGAAUAUACUACCACUGUUUUAAAAAUUUCAGGCAGUACUUUGUCUCCUCACUGUUCCUGCUCCCAUUCCAGAGAUAAGGAUUUUAUUCAGUGUGUGUUCUUUCAGGCUGUUUGCCAUGUAUUUGCAAAUACACCUCCUUCCUUCACUAACAAGGUUCUGGAGUUUUACCUGGAUGCAUGGCUGCUCAGCUGAAGACUCCGCUUCCCUGCCUCCCUUAGAGUUAAUUGUGGCCCCGUGACUAGGCAGUGGGAUGUACGUGGAACUUCCAGAAUGGGCCCUUAAAUAAGGGAGUGGGGUAUGCUCCUUUUUGGGUGAGAUUCCAGGGGGAGCUUAAGCUACAUAUGGAAGCUACAGAGGUGGUGUGUUGAGCCUGGAGAAGCUGGCCUGCCAGCCUUGAACUGCUUUCCUUCUACCUGUUAUUUAAGACCAAAAUAAAUUCCUGACUUGCUUAAA